AUGCCGGAACUCGCGCACCGCCCACACAACUGCCCACAACUCACGGUCAAAAGUGGACCAGCGCCGCUGUGUUUGAUUCAGCGUUUGGCUGGCAUAAGCCACUACAUGCUCCACCCCCUCCUUCACUUGGGCAAGGACAGCCCCGACAGCCUCUUUGGAUGCAUCCGUGAACACUUUGAAGGGUACACUGAAAUCUGGUUGGAGGCCCUGCUGAGAGAUGACGUGACCCAGGAAAACCACAUGAUUUCGGGCGAGAUGGUGACCCGGCAGGACCAGGACUUCCAUGGCCACGAGAUGCUGCGAAUGGCCUCCGGUCCCCACCAGGUAAUGGGAAUCCCCUGUCCGGUGAGCGGCCCCGCUGUAGCUCACGGGAGGCUUGCGACUGGCAUCCAUAUCCACCACAAGUGCAACAACAUGGGCUCCUCCCUGAUGAAGGAGAGCCACGCCAUCCGCCUUUUUUUUCCCCUCAUUUUUUGGUCUGCAAUUGGGUCUCUUUUCCUCCGGAACGUAACACAAGGACUGCAGGGAGUUGCCACAAGAGUCCAUGCUGGUGUCCUGUCACCACAGUCUGUACAGGAUUCUGGGCUGUCUCUGGUACAAGAGGAAGGACUUCCCAAAUCUGCAUACGCCUUUGUUGGCAGUGAUGAGACGUCAGGAGUUCUAAAGAGGAGGAAGAGAGAAUGGACCAUUCCUCAAAUCAAAAUUUCAGAGAAUGAAAGAGGUCCUUUCCCUGUACAGUUCGCUAAGUUUAGGAGUGAUGAGCAUGAGGAUGAUAUUGUAGUUUACAACAUCACUGGACCUGGGGCUGACCAACCUCCCAUUAACCUAUUCAUUAUUAAUGAAUUGGGAAGACUGUAUGUCACACAACCAUUGGACAGAGAAAAACAAGCCAGAUAUACACUCUACGUGCAUGUAGUUUUUGCUGGUGGAGGUCAAGCAGAGGACCCUGUGGAAAUCGAUAUACGUGUUAUUGAUCAGAAUGAUAAUGAGCCGGUUUUCAAACAAAAUCCAUUUCUACGAAGUGUGCCUGAGGCAUCUAAAAUAGGAUUUGAGUUCAUGAACGUUGUGGCCACUGAUGCAGAUGAACCAGGCCACGCAAAUUCUGAGAUCAGAUAUAAAAUAAAGAGUCAGCAUCCACCCCAGCCCAACGAAAACAUGUUCUCCAUCAACCCUGUCACUGGAGCGAUUCAAGUUAAUGGUGUCAACCUGGACAGGGAGAAAAUUCAUGAAUAUAUAUUGGAGAUCCAAGCUGCAGACCUGGAGGGUGAGGGUCUUACAGCAUAUAGCAAAGCCAUCAUCACUAUAACAGACAGCAACGACCACGCUCCUCAGUUAAACCAAACCCAUCGGCUGCGUGACGUACAGACUCCCAGUGUCUUUAUCAACAGUGAAGAGGCCAAUGGGAGGCUGGUCAGCUCCAGUCAACAGUGAAGAGGCCAAUGGGAGGCUGGUCAGCUCCAGUCAACAGUGAAGUGGCCAAUGGGAGGCUGGUCAGCUCUAGGUCCAGUGAUUUCUUGUACCUUCACCUCGUAAUCAGGCUUCAACAUUAGAUUACAUUACAUUACCCUUUAAGCAGAAAUAUGGAUAAAGCUUAUGCAUGGCUUUCAACCUGUAUUGUUUGGAUGUCCGUUAAUGACCUCUUUGUGUCACUUGUGCCCAGAAGCCUGGAUUCAUUUGAAGCUCAAACCAACUCUACUUGGAAAGACACUUCAACAUCAUGUUGAGAGUUGUCCACAUGAAUUUCACUGAGGUCUUAUGGAACAUUAUGGGAUAUAUCUAUCGAAUAUGUAGCUUUUGCCCAGUUCUAAAGUACAGCCAGUUUAGCAAUCACCUCUUAAACUUGGCAGCCUGUAUUCUGUUUGAUGAGACCUCAGUGGCUGUUUUAAAGAUUGUUCUUACACAAGUGUUGUAAUAUUUAUUUUUUAACUCUGACCAACGAGUUGAGCCUCUUUGUAUACAUUAAGAUUUAAAAAAAUAAAUAAUAUUCAAUCCAACUCAUACAGUGGUGCCUUUAGCUUUCUAAAAUGCCUUUGACGAGUCUCCGUUAGAUAAACAAUGCCCAAUUCUGGGCUCUUGCUCUAGGUUAAUGACCUUGCUAAAUAAACACUGAGUCAGGUUUCCCGUUCUUUAAACCAUUUUUGACUGAAUAAAAUGACCCUGAACGAACUCCAACACUCAAACAGUCCACAUACAAAGUGUCACAGAUAGUGUCUUGCAAAACACAUAUAAAACACUUCCUCGCUUACUUUCUUACUGAUUAUCUCUUUCCCGUGUAAAUCAAGCAUCUUUCCAAUGAAAACAUUAAAUGAGAUGAACUCUGUAAGGGUCCCUGCUGGUUGUUUCAGCUGUCUAUCAAAAGACCCUUUCCUGUCAAUGUAGAUGUCACAUAACCACAUGAUCUUAGCACAUUCUGUGACCUUUGACCUUUGGAUGCCAGUAAAUGAAGGUAGUAUUUAAAUCAGGACCCUGAACAAGGCUUUCCAUAAAGACUCUGUGAAACCAAUACUAGUUUUUCAUUAAAGUCUGUAAACAAAAUGUGAUUCAUUUUUUUGUUAUUGUUGUUGUUAUUUUCUGCAAAUAAUCAUUUUCAGUAGAGAUUCUAGAACUUUUUAGUUUUGACACAAAUGACACAUUGCAGUAGCUCAUAAAGAAGGGAACAUUUUAGAUUGCUGUGACAGAAAAGAGUGUUGCAAAAAGAACACUGGAACACUGAUAUGUUAUUUAAUUGCAGUGACCCAAUAUCAUGGCCAGUUCUCAGGCAGAGGUCAACCAUCUACAGCCACAUAAGGUAGUGUAAACAAGGCACAAUUCCUAAUCUAACAAAACAUAAUGAAUGGCAUGAUGAACAGCCGGCUGAAGACUGGGCAUGUGCAGUGUCCUGGGUUCAUGGCAUCACAGAAGGGGAUUUCUCAAAAGUGCUAACAGCCCCGAACAACCCACAUACUUACUGCACGGACCAUUAUAUGAAACGAAGGCAUUGUACUUCCCGUUCUCAAUGACCGCGUCCACUAUGUUGUUUAAUGUUAUCCUUGCUUUGGGACUGCAGGGAGUUGCCACAGGAGUCCACGCUGGUGUCCUGUCACCCCAGUCUGUACAGGAUUCUGGGCUGUCUCUGGUACAAGAGGAAGGACUUCCCAAAUCUGUAUACGCCUUUGUUGGCAGUGAUGAGACUUCAGGAGUUCUAAAGAGGAGGAAGAGAGAAUGGAUGAUUCCUCCCAUCAACAUUCCAGAGAACCAAAGAGGUCCUUACCCUGUACGGCUCGUUACGUUUAGGAGUCAGAAGGAGAAUGUAGUUUACAGCAUCGCUGGACCUGGAGCUGACCAACCUCCCAUUGGCCUCUUCACUGUAGACACAGACACUGGUAAUCUGUAUGUCACACAGCCACUGGACAGAGAGAACCAGAACAAAUAUACAGUCAUGGUUCAUGCAGCCACUGAAGGUGGAGUUCCAGCAGAGGACCCCAUGGAAAUCUUCAUAAAUGUUAUUGAUAUGAACGAUAACAAGCCAGUUUUUCAACAAGAAGUAUUUCAUGGAAUUGUGAAUGACACCUCACCAACAGGAUUUGAAUUCAUGAAGGUUAAUGCCACUGAUGCAGAUGAACCUGGAUAUGCAAAUUCUGAUAUCAGAUAUAGUAUUCUGAGUCAGGACCCCCCAAUGCCCAAUAACACAUUCUCCAUCAACCCUGUCACUGGUGGGAUUAUGGUGAAUUCUGAUCAUCUUGACAGAGAGAUAAUUCCUAGAUAUAUACUGGGGAUUGGAGCUGCAGAUAUGGAGGGUGAGGGUCUCCAAGCCUUUAGCAAAGCCAACAUCACUAUAACAGACAGCACAUGACCACGCUCUUCACUUUGAACAAACCUCAAAGCCUCGAUUAAUUUGAAGCUCAAACCAACUCUUCAACUACUUCAACAUCAUGCUGAGAGUUUUCCACAUGAAUAUCACUGUUGUCUGUUAUGGAAUACUAUGGGAUAUAUCUAUUGAAUAGGGCAUAGCUUUUGCCCAGGUCUAAAGUACAGCCAGUUUAGCAAUCACCUCUUAAACUUGGCAGCCUGUAUUUUGUUUGACUAGACCUCAGUGGCUGUUUUAAAGAAGUGACCCUUAGAUUGUUCUUAGACUUUUUAAGUGUUUUUUCUUUUUAAACCACGAGUUGUGCCUCUUUGUAUACCUUAUGAUCUAAUAAAAUCAAUAAAAUUAAUAUUCAAUCCAA